CAGCAAAUGACAGUAAAAGUGAGAGCAACAUGUAAGGUGGCAAAAGCCCUUUGAGUGUGGAGCUUGGAAAGAAAAGGGUAAAGGCCCAAGGGGACACUUUGGGGGAAGCAGGGUCCCCCAGGGCCCCCCCUCCUGACUCCCUGCCCCCCACCUCCCCCCGCAGGAAAAAUGGAAGAGGUAGGGAGGAUCUGAACAGGGCGAGGCAAGAGUGGGCUUCGAACAUCCAAUAAAAGGCGACUUCUUUCCUUCCACACAUUCUUGCUGGGGCUGCGGAGCUGUGCUGUGAGCAGGUUUGUGUCUGAGCUCCUUUGUGGGCUCCGCUUGCUUCGGUUGGGCUCUGAUGGCUGAAGAAAUUCGCCUCACAGGCCAGGCGAGCUCUGAAGAGGAGCAGCCUCUGUGUGAGGGGACCUGGGCCUGGCCCUGCAUUUGUGAGCCCGGCUCACCCUCCCCAUCGGGCUGCGGGGAGGCCAGCGAGAACCCAGCCAUGGAGGCUGCUGCCAGCACCCCAACCUCGGUGGAGCUCAUUACGGUGACCUCGUCCUCGGAAUCGGAAAUUCUGGAGAACUCUCCCCAGAUUCAAGCCAAGAGGAUCUGUAAAACCACAAGGGUCCCUACUUUCAUGUCUGAGCACCAGGGUUCCCCAGCCAAGUUAGCCAGACUGAAGGGAAAUGACCUGUACAACGUCAAGAAAGAGUUGAGCAAGAUUAAAUAUAAAGUGGAUUCUCUGCUGUCCUCGGUUGAAAAAAUUGAGAUCAAGCAGAAACGCCAGGCCAAGAAAAGAAAGCUCACCAAGAUGCAAGUUCUGAAGAAAAAGGCCGUUUCUGGGACCACAGUUUAUGAAGAAGACGAGUUCUAUGAGGUACAAAAGGAGAGCAUCAUCCUUCAUGAGAACAACCAGGAUGACGAUUCUGGGCCAGAAACCUCCCAAGUGAAAGUCAUCAGGCAGAAGUGGGAAGAAGAGAUGGUUACGGAGAAAGCGAUCCCACUGCCUCAGGUGGAGGAGAAGAAAGAGAGGGUGAAGAAGCAGCGGGCCCGCAAAACCAUACAGAAGCGCAGAAUCUACGCCGGGGCAGCUGAGGGCAGUGGUAGUGGCAGCGGCGACAGUGGUGGCCGCAAAGAUAGCAAUUGAGUCUGUUUAGAAGGGGGUCACCUGGAAGAGAGGACCACUGAAGACCAAGGCUGACAGGACCAACUGAGAUGGCUCAGGACGAUGGAGCAGAAGGUGACAUCCGGAGCCCAUGUCCUAGAGCCAUUCUCACCAGGCCCUCUCCCUUGAGAUCUUCGAGCACAUGCUCACUAGUGUCCUCCACCUUUGUGUCUCCAGGUUCCCCACUUCAGCUGUUUGCAAAGGGUCUAUUCAUACCAAAAAAUUCAAUUUUGACCCCUGAAUUUUGCCUUGUUAAGUUGGAAAGCAUAAAAAAAAUAAAAAAAAAUUGUUCUUUC